CUCGACGGCUGCUUCUGGAAAAAGCAAGGGGUUUAAUAAAACGGGCGCACCCGAAGCACUUCGUGUUCAAUCAGUUCGGAGAAAUUCAAGAGUUCGGAUCGAAUUUUCAGAAGUCUCAGCAAUUUAGUGAAAAUUGCUAAAAAAGUGAAAAGUUUGAAGUGAUAUCGAGCAAAGGAUUAUUGAAAGCGCGGAAUUGUGUUGAUUAAGUGAAAUUCCUGCCUGGAAUCAAUCGAGUGAAAAAGAAAGCGGAAGUGCACGAUGGGAAAAGAUUUUUACAAAAUUCUCGGAGUGGCGAAAACGGCCACGGACGAUGAGAUCAAGAAGGCGUAUCGAAAGCUGGCCCUGAAGUAUCAUCCGGACAAGAACAAAAGUCCGGAAGCUGAGGAACGAUUCAAGGAGGUAGCUGAAGCCUACGAAGUGCUAUCCGAUAAGAAGAAGCGAGAUAUUUACGACCAGUACGGCGAGGAUGGCCUCAAGGGCGGAAUUGGAGGCGGCGGUGGCGGUGGUGGCAUGGACGGAAACGGCACCUUCCAAUAUCAGUACCAUGGAGACCCGAGGGCGACAUUCGCACAGUUCUUCGGUACAAGCGAUCCAUUCGGAGUGUUUUUCGGAAACGAUGGCAUUGGUUCCAACAUGUUCUACACAGACAUCGGUGGCGAAGCGGAUGAUCCGUUUGGUUUUGGUGGACGUGGCGGAAUGGGAGGAGGUGGCGGAUUCCCCGGUGCAUUCCGGUCACAAUCGUUCAAUGUGCACGGAUCGCCCAACCGGAAGCACAAAAUUCAGGAUCCACCAAUCGAGCACGAUCUGUAUGUGACCCUGGAGGACAUUAAUGUCGGAUGCCAGAAAAAGAUGAAAAUCUCCAAGAUGGUCAUGUCUCAGGAUGGAUCAGCUCGUAAAGAGGAAAAGAUUCUCAGCAUCAAUGUCAAACCGGGAUGGAAGGCAGGUACGAAAAUUACCUUCCCGAAGGAAGGGGACCAGGUGCCAGGGAAAGUUCCCGCUGAUAUCGUUUUUAUCAUUCGGGACAAACCCCAUAUCCACUUCAAACGGGAAGGCAGCGACAUCAAAUACACUUCGAAAAUAACUCUCCGUCAGGCUCUUUGCGGAACGGUGGUCAAAGUUCCCACUCUGUCCGGUGAAAAGCUAAGCAUCAGCACUAUUGGCGAAGUGACCAAACCAAAUACAGUGAAACGUCUUCAGGGUCGAGGUCUUCCCUUCCCCAAAGAACCAUCGCGGCGGGGUGACCUGCUGGUGGCCUUCGACAUCCAGUUCCCCAACCAGCUGAACCAGGGCGCCAAGGAUAUUCUUUCGGAUCUGCUUCCCAUGGACACCAGUGCGUAAAAAAUGCCAAGCUGCAGUAAAUAUGGGACAAAGCAAAACAUCAAAAGCGACGCAGCGGUCGGGAGAGAACAUUCUAGAGCUAAAGAGCAACGGAAAAUACGUCGUCGUCAGUUGCUUGCGUGCAAGUCGUCGAUACGACGGACAGCGUCAUCAUCAUCGUCGUCACGUACGCCGUCCUCGUGAUUAUCGCAGCUGCCUCUCCGUGCGCGCAAGCUCUCUCACCGAAAUGGGAAAGCGCGAGAAACCUUUGUUGUAAAUAUGUAGGGUAAAUGGUAGGCAAGGAACGAGCGGACUGUUAAGGUGAAUGUGAGCGAAAUCUAUAAUUGAAUUCAAAACGAUGUGGUCCAUUUAUUUGGAUUUUUACUGUUAUGUUGCUCCAACGUUUUCUGUACACAUCAAGUAUAUAGUUUCUCAAUUUUAAAAUUAUUCGUUCACUUUUUUGGGGCAGGCACGCGCCUAUCCUGUAUGCAAGAGAAGACUGAGAGAUUGAAUUAUUAGAGGAGUUAGAAGAAAUAAGCGUUAUUAGUCGAAAUGUACAUCAACCAAAUCGAUUAAUGCAAAAAAAGAUGGUUAGAUUUAUCUCCUCUAUCGUUCGUUACAUGAAACAGUAAUUAAAAGCUAUGAAAUGCUGAAACGUUGUGAUUAUUGCUAUCAAUGUGUACAUAUUAGUUUUUUUAGUAGCAUUUUAUUUUAUUCGGCUAAAUGUUGUAGUCCAUUUUUUUAGAAUAUAAAAAGGUACGUUCUAGUACGUUAAUGAUGUUGUACCAAAAAUUUUGAAUAAACAAAUGUAAAACUGAAUUAAA